CUUCCUUGGCUAAGCAUCAUCUAUUUGCUGUCAUCAGCUGCAUGUUUUUGAACAAGCUGCUGUGGAAAUUUAUGGACUCUUACCAAAGGGCUUUGAAACCAUAAAAAUGGAAACAGACAGCAUCAAUAAAACCUCACAAAAUGGAGCUACUGACAAGACUGUACACCCAGAGGAGAAGCCACCAGAGAAGGCAACUGUUCUUCAAAAAGAUAUCGGUCUGCUGAGUGGAAUCUCCCUGAUCGUGGGGACAAUGAUUGGCUCAGGGAUCUUCAUUUCUCCUAAGUCAGUGUUGCUUUACUCUGGAGCUGUAGGUCCUUGCCUCCUCAUCUGGACUGCCUGUGGAGUCUUGGCCACCCUGGGCGCCCUUUGUUAUGCUGAACUUGGUACCAUGAUCACCAAAUCUGGGGCAGAGUACUCAUAUUUGAUAGAGGCUUUCGGCUCUCUUGUCGGCUACCUUUACUCGUGGACCACUGUUAUGGUGCUGAAACCCUCAUCAUUCGCCAUCAUUACUUUGAGCUUUGCAGAAUAUGCCUCUGCACCCUUUUACCCAGAGUGCACCCCUCCUCUCGCAGUUAUUAAGUGCCUGGCAGCAGCUGCUAUAAUUGUUAUCACUGGUGUCAACUGUUUGAGCGUCAAACUAGCAAGCUAUGUGCAGAACUUUUUUACAGCUGCCAAACUCGUCAUUAUCAUCGUGAUUGUGGUGGCUGGGAUCGUUCUGAUGGCUCAAGGAAAGACAGAGAACUUGUCGAAUGCAUUUGAAGGCUCAGCCACGUCUUUUGGAGCUAUUGGACUUGCUUUUUAUAAUGGGCUUUGGGCUUAUGAUGGAUGGAAUCAACUGAAUUUCAUCACUGAGGAGUUGAAAAACCCAUACAGAAAUCUGCCACUGGCCAUUAUCAUUGGAAUCCCUUUGGUUACCGUCUGCUAUGUGUUGGUCAACAUUGCUUACUUUACUGUUAUGACCCCCUCUCAGCUACUGUCUUCUUCUGCUGUUGCUGUGACAUUUGGCAAUAGAGUUCUUUACCCUGUGGCUUGGAUAGUUCCUCUGUUUGUCGCCUUCUCAACAUUUGGUUCUGCCAAUGGAAGCUGUUUUACUGCUGGCAGAUUGUCAUAUGUAGCUGGCAGAGAGGGUCACAUGGUGAAAAUCUUAUCCUAUAUCAGUCUGAAACGCUACACUCCUUUGCCUGCUCUGUGCUUCAACGGUAUUUUGGCAAUAUUCUACAUUAUCCCAGCGGACAUCAACACCCUUAUAAACUACUUCAGUUUUGCUCAGUGGGCCUUUUAUGGUCUGACAGCUCUGGCUCUAAUAGUCAUGCGUUUCACCCGGAAGGACUUUGACCGGCCUGUAAAGGUGCCAAUCGUCAUAGCUGGUAUCGUAGUCCUGGUGUCGAUCUACCUUGUCUUGGCCCCCAUUAUCGACAAGCCUGAGUGGGAAUACCUUUAUUGUGCCAUCUUCAUCUUCGGUGGACUCAUCCUUUACUUCCCACUGGUCUACUGGAAAGCAAAGUGGGCACGCAAAAUCAUGAGGCCCAUCACUAUGCAUCUCCAGCUGCUUAUGGAAGUGGUUCCACCCGAAAAAAUCGAUUAAGAAGGGACGACCAGUUCGGCUGAGUCCUGAAGACCUCCUUUUUGGAUUUUGGAAGCGUUUGUUGGAAGAUUUGGUGCUCAUAAAUGAUCACUGUAAACAACUAGAAUAUACUCCUUUUGGACGCAAUCCUUAUGUUAGGGAGAAUGGGUUAAGAUUAAAAAAAAUAAAAAAUCCUAAUACAAAUAUUAAAUUACACAUGAGGUUAUGCUUACAUGUUAUGGGAGCAUGGUUAUUUAGAAACCAUCUGACAUUGCUCAGAAAUUGUCCUAAGAAAUGCUUAAUUCAGCCAUAUCUCUCGAAUGAUCAUUUCAGCUAUAUUUUGUACUGAAUGUGUGGAAGUAUCUUGAAUUAUAUAAUUACUGUAACAUUUACUACCUGUAUUUAAUAUCAGAAUAAACUAUAGCUGCGAGAUUCCUGUCUAUACAUGGAUCCACCUUUCAGUAAAAGGUGUUUAUUGUCCUGCUGAUGUAAUUGGAAUCAUCAGAUUCUAUCAUUAUAAGUGUAGUUUGUAAAGCAUUUACUAAGCUAAACCAUCUCAAUGCUGUAUUGUCCUACUUGUUUAUUAAAAGUUUCAGUCUUUACUAAUGCAGAUAUGCCAUGAUCCUUCUGCUUUAGCUGGAUUAUUUUUUUCUGGGAACCUCACAAACUUUUUUAAUAAGUCAAAAUGAAUUACAAAUUCUGUUCAAUCCAAGUUUAAUUGAGGUUUAUUUUUUUAUUUUUUUGUCCUGACAUUUAAUCGAAAUGAUUUUGAAGAUGCAGGAAACAUUAACAAUAAAGUUUAUUCAGGUAAAGGUCAACUUAGCAUGGUGGUUUAGCAGGAUAUUUAUACUUAUAAAGAAGCAUCUCCCAAAUUUGUAAAACCAGAAAACUAA